CCACUCUCUCCUUUCACCGACGCGAUGAAGCCUCCAUCGUCCGUCAUCAUCGACUUUGCCGCCGCUCUCUGACCUCGUCGACCACUCGAUUCCAGUUCCGAUUCCGAUUUUGAGGUCUGCUUUUCUGCCUUAUCUCACCGCAACUAGUGCUCGCCGCCUUUCUUCUCCUUCUCUCCGAUCAGUAAGAAUUUUCAAAUAUUUCCAUUUUUGCUUGGUUCUUGACUUCUUUAUUUUCAACCAAGAAGAUCCACAAUCUAUGCACCAUACACCGCAACGUCAAAGAAGCCCUUCACCUCCUCGACUUCCUCUGCCUACAUGGCUACCUCCUGGAUUCCCUUAAUCUCAAUAACAUUAUUCACGCCCUUUGCGACCCCAACCGAUUCCCAGAAGCUCACCAUCGUUUUCUUCUGUCCUUAGCUUUUGGUUUAGCCCCCGAUGAGUACACUUACAAUCUAUAAUCGUUUGAUCGACCAGUUUUGUACGGUUUAUUUUGUAAAUGUGGCACAUAUGUUGUUUUUUGAUAUGACAAACAGGGGUUGUUGUCCUAAUGCUGUUACGUAUACUACUUUGAUAAAUGGGUACUGUAAAAUUGGUGACUUGGGCACUAUGCACAAGCUGCUCGACGAAAUGCGUGAGUGUGGUGUGGUGCCCAAUUCGCUCACUUAUAACGUGUUGAUUCACUGGGUGUUUAAAAGGCGAGAUGUUGCAUAUGGGAGGGAGUUGAUGCGCAAGCUUUGGGAGAGAAUGAAGGACGAAAAUGAUCCCAGUUUAAACACUGCGGCCUUUGCCAAUCUCAUUGAUUCUUUGUGUAGAGAGGGGUUCUUCAAUGAAGUUUUCAGGAUUGCAAAGGAAACACCUCAAGGAAUGAGUGUGAAUGAGGAAUUUGCUUAUGGGCAUAUGAUUGAUGCUCUUUGUAGAGCUGGAAGGAACCAUGGUGCUUCAAGGGUUAUCUAUAUAAUAUUAAAUUUAACUAAUAAGUAGGAAAAAAAUUUUAAUUUAAUAGAGAAAUUCAAUUUUA